AUGGGAGAAUACGUUCAGCUUACAAUCGAGCUCAUCACCAAGGCCUUCGAGACAUUUUCUUCUAAGAAGGGAGUGGAGUUUACCAAGAAAGAUGCAAAUAAGAUCUUUAAGGCGCUUGAUGAGGAUGAGGGAGUAGAGAGAUACUACUUUUGUGGUGCAAAGUGCACCAAGUCCAAGCGCAAAUGCAUGAAGGAAGUUGAUGAUGAAGGCAUGCAUUGUUAUGUCCACGAUCCUGCGCGCAAGUGUCAAGGCACAACCAUUAAGGGCGCUAAUUGUGGUAGUGUAGCCAAACUUGGUGAAACAUACUGUGGACGUCAUCGAGAGCAGCAUAAAGGUCAUAUGAAAAGCAGUAACAAUAAGGCACCUGCCAACAAGCGUACCAAGUCUUCCAAGAUAACCAAGAAGACACAUACUCCUGAGUUUGUCCCUUCAGAUGAUGAUAUGACUUCCGAGGAUGAAGAACCAAAGAAGCGAAAGAGAAACAAGCAGGAGUCAUCGGAUGAGGAGCCGUCCGAUGAUGAUGAAGAAGAUAUAAUUGCCGUCUCCUUUCCGUUGAGUCCAAAGGUAGUUGACAUAACGUCCAAGAAAAAUGUACCACUCGCUAAUACAGGCAUAUGGAUGCGUUAUGCAACUAAUCCAGCUUUCCUGUAUGCAAAAAACUAUACUGUAAAUGGCAAGUACAUUAUUAAGCUGAAGGAAAAGGACCUCUACAUUGUAUUGUGUCCACCUGAGCUCAUGGGGAAAAAUCUUCCUGUACCGAAAUUAUCUGACAAAGAGGUACGUAUAUUACAAAAGAUGGGACUCCAAGAGGCAACUCCUGCUGAUGUAGAAAAAAUAGAAGAGUCUUCUGCUGAUGAGAAUUCUGACGAUGAUACAGAUGAUGGUGAUACGUCUGAUGAUGCUGGCUCUGACGAUGAUUCCCCUGAUGAUAAAGACUCUGAUGAUGGCAAGUCCAAUAACAGACCUGAUGUAGAAUCUGGAGAUGAUACCUCUAAGGAUAACCCUGAUGAAAAACUAUCUCAUAAAAAGUCAUCUAAGGAUGAUGAGAAGAAGACUUCUCGAAAGAAAAGGCAUUCAGAGAUGCCCAAAAAUGCAGAGCCAUCUUCUAAUGUAGACGUUUCUAAGGAUGGAAAAGAUGAACAUACAUUUGCACUGGCCACAACGGUGCAUAACAUUAGAUCAGAGAAAGACAUAGCACGUGCGAAGGACAGAGGAUGGAUGAUUCAUCCUAAUAACGACAUGCUUGAGUAUGCAACUAAGUUUACGAUGAAUGGCAAGUACAUUGUCAGGCUAUCUGGAAAGAAUACAUACGUUGGCCUGUUUACGCUUGAUGCUCUGCGCGGUGUCGGUGAUGUUCCAGAGUUGGAUAUCUUGGAACGCUCCAUGCUUAGCAAGAUGAAACUUCAACCAUUGUCUGAUGAAGAGAGAAAGACGCUUUUCAACGAGGAGAUCGAAGUAGAAGAAGAAGUACCAGUAGAAGGACCAACAGAUAAAUCCAAGGUGAUAUGGAAAAAACUUAACAAGUACUUGGAAUAUUCCGAGAAUGUACUUGUAAAUGGAAUGCACAUUCUCAAGAUGCGCAAAAAAGACACUGUAAUCGGCUUGAUGACUGAUGACCAUAUUGCUGCAGAGAAUGUAGAGUGUCAUUCUCUUAGCCAGAAGGAAAAAGAGAAGUUGUUUGCUAUGGGAUUUAAACCGCAUGAGCAUAAGCAAAGCUUGCCACAGAAAGAUGAGAGCACAUGUGAGGAUGAUAAAGAUGCUGAGGGCGAUAAAGAUGCUGAGGAUGACAAAGAUGCGGUGGGUGAUAAAGAUGCUGAAGAUGACAAAGAUGCUGAGGGUGAUAACGAUGCUGAGGAUGACAAAGAUGCUGAGGGUGAUAACGAUGCUGAAGAUGAUAAAGAUGCUGAGGAUGAUAAAGAUGCUGAGGAUGUUAUGUGGAAAAGGUACCCUAAAGAUAAAAGCUCCUCGGGUAUAAUCGUCAUAGAUAAAGACGAAAUUAAAUGGACAACAUGUUCGUUUGACAAGAAGCAUGAAUAUGCAACCAACUACCUUUUCGACGGAUGUCAUCUGCUCAAGAGGUACGAAGAGGACAUUAUUGUUGGACUGCUGUAUAAGAUACCUGCAAACGGUGACAGUAACUAUAGUCGAGACAAAUUUACCAACAACAAACAAAAGCAGAAGUUAAUUGCCAUGGGGUUCACGAUCGAGGAAUUGCCUAAAUUGUACUCUCCAGAUGUAAAGUUUUGGUAG